AUGGAUUUGAGUAGUCUGCUAAAGAAUGAAAUAGCUAAGAAACAAAAUGAGCUCGAAAAGCCGUGUCUUGCAACGCCUGAGCGUCCCGAAACGAGCGCGGGACUCCAUACGGAAACUGCAGCAGAUGUAGCUGUCAAGACGGCAGAGGAACCUGAAAAAGUGGAGGAGGCAUUCAAAGAAACGCCCACUAUGGUGUUGCAACGGCUUCAAACGCGUCCGGAGCGCGUAAAAGACGCUCUUGAACAAGAUGAGCGCGCCGACGUUACAAUUGCAAUCGCAGCCAUCGGCGACAGCGAUCCAGCAACGGCCGCAGAUUUGGCAAUCAAGUGCAAUUUGUACAUACAUCAGCUGCUGCAAGAGUGGCAAGACACCGAUUACAAGCCUGAGUUGGUUAUCGAAACAAAGAAAGCACUUUAUCCAUUAUUGGUGCGACUUCGUAAGCACACACUGGCUGCAGAGCUUAUCACAUCUGUGGCGACCAUUUUGUACCAUAUCCAGCACGCACAAUUUGCACAAGCUACACAAUCAUACCUCAAACUCAGUAUAGGGAACGUGGCAUGGCCAAUAGGUGUCACAUCGGUGGGUAUUCAUGCUCGUAGUGCACACGAACGUAUACAGGGCCGUGACAAGAUUGCCAAUGUGAUGCUAGAUGAGACCACCCGGCUGUGGAUUACCAGUGUGAAGCGAUUGGUUUCAUUCGCGGCUGUUUCGGCAGCAGAAGGGCGUCGUAGGAAGUCACAGCUCCAGCAAGAGUGA